UUGCAUUAAAGCAGAUACAAGAGACAGACAGUCUCUAAUAACCACAGUGAAGUGAAAGAGAAAUAGAAUACGAGAGUUCGGUACAGCGAGAAAGGAAAGCAAAGAUGAGCGGCGGAAUCAGCAUGGCGGGAAUUCCUGCCUUGUAUCACCAACCUCCUGCGGCUCUCAACAAGACCGUUGCCAUGAAAACGGUCGACACUAGGCCCUUUGAACAGAGUUUAUCCCUGGUGCCACCGACGCUGAGCCGCUCCUACCCCACCGAGAGCCGCGUGCUGGACUCCGUCAGAUUCCCGAACAUCUUCACGUCAGCCACUGCGACCAUGAAAACCCGUUACACGCCCGCAGACUGGUCACAGAGUAAUCUGAAUCAUUAUAGUGAUGCAGACAGCACCCGCGGCGUUUCGGAGAGGGUGCGGGAUGAUGCGGUGCGGCUUGUUGGGUACACGUACGACCGAACCAACAUCGCUCAGCGAGAGAGCUCUCAGCGCCUUGGGGAACGCGUUAGCGAUAUCACCUUCUGGAGGAGCGAACUCAUGCAAGAGUUGGACCGAAUGCUGGCAGAGACCAAUCGCCUUAAUGAUUCCCGAAGGGCCCUUGAGCAUGCUCUGAGGGACACGGAAAACCCGCUGCACGUGACCAAGGAAUGCCUCUACUUCAGGGAAAAUCGCCAGGGAAUUGACCUGGUGCGAGAUCAGCCGGAGGAAUCGCUUCUGAGGGAAGUGGACACCAUUAAGGACUGCCAAGCCAGGAUGAAGAACCUCCUGGAUCGUGUCAAUCUCCAGCUAAGUCGGAACAGGGCAGCCCGACAGGAUUUAGAGCAUGACACCAUGAACAAGAAUCAUGCACUUACCAUCGACCAUACCCAGCAUAGCCUCCACAACCACUCUGCGGGCAUCACUUAUUACCCAGGAAUAGAGAGGGUGGACAACACAGUGAGCGUUCCGGACACAUGGGCGGAGUUCAGUAACAGGAACAUCCAGCAAAGUCAGAGUGAGAGGAACAGCUCGCAGCGACUUCGUCAGGAGGUGGAGGCCCUGAUAGCAGCCACACACCAGGAUAUGUGGACUGCUUGGUCCACCUCCAACACCACGCUCACGCAACGCCUCGGGGAGAGCAACGACACCAGGAACAAGCUCCUCGCUCACAGGGACAGGGUGCAGCGAGAGAUGAACGACCUGGAGCGCCAUAUCGACAUGCUGAAGAAGGCCAUCUUAGACAAGUCAGCCCCGUUGAAAGUGGUGCAGACGAGGCUGGAGGGCCGCACGCACCGCCCUGAGAUGGAGCUGUGCAGAGACCCGCCGCAGCACAGGAUGGUGCGCGAAGUGCAAGAGUUGAGCGAGAGCGUGGAGGCCCUUCGCCACAAGCUCUCUGAUGCGGAGAACUCCCUCCACCGCCUCGCCCAGAUGCGCGCCCGCCUGGACCACGACCUCGGCGUCAAGACCAACUCUGUCUACAUUGACCGCGACAAGUGUCUUGCCAUGAGGAAGAGCUUCCCGCUCUCGCAGCCUCACCUCGUGGAUUUCACGCUUUAUUAGCGUCGCGAUGAGCAUUCUGGAGAAGAUUGUCAUCUUGCUCUGAGGCCAUU